UAUUGUUUAUCGUUUUAUAACUAUCGGCAGAUAGUUAUUGACGAGUUUAAGUUUUGUCAAAAAGUGAUCGUGUUAAGAACAUGUUAUAGAAUUAUGCUAUAGAAAUAAAACAUACAUUAGGAUUUUGAAAAAUGGAAGAGUUAUAUGAAAACACAUAGUUCAUAUAUUUUUUCUGAGGUCAUGGCAGUGAAUAGAUCUUUAACCAAAGAUAUUAAGUUUUACAAACGUGUGUUACUGAGAAGCCAACAAAGGUUUUUGGAAGAUCUUGAUCCUGUUUCUGUUUUAGACUUAUUUUUGGAAAGGGAUUAUCUAACAUACCCUCAAGUACGCGAUAUUCAGGAACAGAGAUUAACCUCUGACAAGACUAGGGAGAUAAUUAAGAAAGUAAGUGCUAAAGGAGUCAAAGGGUAUAAAACGUUUAAAGCACUGUUAAAAGAAUCACAUCAAGGACAUCUUGCUGAAUUCUUGGAUACACAGGAGAAGACAUUAGUGAAAGAAAUCAAAAUGGCAGAGAAAAAAGAAGAGAAAGACAAACAAGCCCUGACACAUGAAACUGUUGCACCUGUACAGCAAGGAAAUCAGAGAAUUCCUGAUGAGCAGGAGUUAACGUCCAUUUCUGCACAUAUUGGAAUGAAUUGGGAGUUGCUUGGACCUUUUCUCGGAGUACCAACAGUUACUAUUGACCAGAUAAAGUUAGAUAACUCUACAACACAAGUGAAAAUAUACAAAAUGCUCGAGGCCUGGCGAAGCAGAAAUCCUUUAACUGCUACUGUAGAAAAUCUUGUUUCGGCAAUGGAAAGGUGUCCAUCUGUCCGUAUUGACUGGGAGGCCCUAAGAGAAACCAUUGGACGCUUUACAUCGAUGGACAGCAAAACUGAUGAUUUGCAUCAAAGCCUUGGCGCCAGGCCUAAAACGGAUCAACUUCCUCUGCAAAGCAAAACAAACAAAAAUGGAGGAAAACAGUCUGUUGAUGACUUAGAGAAGUCCCAGAAUUCUAAUGGGAUACAAGAAACAUCCACAGGACAUACAUAUGGUAGAACUGUUCCUGGUGAUCUUUCUAUAAAUUCUGUUGCGCGAACACCAGUAGGCAAUACACGCGUAAAUGCUCCAGAUGUAAGCAAUGAAUAUGGUCCUGAUUUGUCAAAUCAAUUUAUACGAGAAGGGUCAGAUGGGCAAAAACAACCUCAAACAAGCCAUGGCAAAACGGUACAUUACAAAUUCUCUACCGAUCCAGUUGAUGCUAGGAAAGAACAAUCAAGUAAACAAUUGUUCCCUCCCAUACCUAAUCCAACAAGCUUCGACCAGUUUAAUAAUAUGCCAUCUUCAGUUGCAACACCAGAUGUUAUACAAAGUCUUCAAAGCAUCGAAAGAAAAAUAGAUAAUAUAGAGAAAGCAACAGUCCCUGUGCGAAGUGAGCAGCAGUCAACACACAUAAUUGCUUAUCAAGAAAAAGUCGACAUUGUUGAUGGUAACAGAGAGAGGGAGAAAGAGAAGUUAAGGAAAAAAAUGAUAAAGGAGAGAGACAAGAGGUUGCGCAAGCUGUUUACCUCUGAAGAUGAUAUAAAAGGAAGACUCAAAGUGCUUCGAAAACAGGAUAUUACUGAUCUGUUAAACUGUUGUGGAUGUAGUAAAGCUGGCGGCUUUGGAGAUAUAUUUAUUUCAAAGGAAGAGAUUGCAGGACUGGACAUGAAGAUUGUCAUUAAGAGGGUGAUGUUAAAAAAUGAAGCAGAUGAAAUGAAGAUGAAGUCAGUCACUAGUGAAAAACUAGCUUCAAGAACAAUGCAUUUUGCUAUAGUCCCUUUGUUGGCUUUCAUGGAAGAACCGGCAAACAU